AUGUCAUCCAUAAAAGAGUUUGAUCAUCUCAAAAUUGGGCUCAAAGAAAUUGAAUCUGCAACCAACAAUUUCGGGAUCAGCAACUAUAUUGGUAUAGGAGGAUUCGGGAAAGUUUACAGAGGAGAACUUGUCUUAUCAGAUAAGCCGACCAUGGUUGCUGUAAAACGCUUAGAUACUGCUUUUGGGCAAGGACCUCCUGAGUUUUGGAAAGAGAUCAUGAUGCUUUCUCAAUACAAACAUGAAAAUCUUGUUUCUCUAUUAGGAUUUUGUGAUGAGAAGGGUGAGAAUAUCCUUGUGUAUGAGUAUCUAUCCAACAAAAGUCUCGACUUGUAUUUAAAAAGCAACGAUCUUUCAUGGAUUCAACGCCUUGAUAUAUGCAUAGGGGCAGCUCGUGGACUACAAUACCUUCAUGAUCCUGUAGACACCCAACAAAGAGUCUUACACCGUGAUAUCAAGAGCUCCAACAUCCUACUUGAUGAAAACUGGAAAGCCAAGGUUUCCGAUUUUGGUCUUUCCAAAUUCGGUCCUGCUAACCAACAAUUUACAUUUUUGGUCUCUAAUACAGUUGGGACGUUUGGGUAUUGUGAUCCACUUUACAUGGAGACAGGGUACUUGACGAAAGAAUCCGAUGUUUACUCCUUCGGUGUGGUUUUAUUUGAAGUUUUAUGUGGAAGGUUUUGUGUGGAAAAUUACGAGGAUUUUCGUCGCUUUUUGCCAACAUUUGCACAAAAGUGCUACAAAGAAAUGAAAUUGGAUACAAUUAUAUUUCAUAGGGGACAAAUUUCACCAAAUUGUUUGUACACGUUUUCUACGGUUGCAUAUAGAUGUUUGCAAAGGGACACGAAAGAACGACCAUUGAUGGAUGAUAUAGUAAAAGAACUCGAAGCUGCACUUGAAUAUCAAGUGGAAUAUGAAUUUGAGAAGGAAGAGAAGUUGAAAAAUGCCAUGGCACAAGAAUUUGACACUGAGGAAUUUUGGAAGAUGAAACUACCACAGGAUAGUGAAGACAUAAUAAAGAGAUUAAACCCUCUUGCUGUUUAUAAUACCAAAAAGGAACUAUUCUCACUUCUUCACAAGGGAAUUCUCUUCGAUGAUAGUGAACGGGUUUUUUCAGUUAACGAAGAUGGAAUAAAAUGUGAACUGAUAUCAGCAAAAAGAUUUUUAAACAUGAAUAAAAGAUCCUAUAAAUGGCAAUCUGGAAGAAAAUUCAGAUUUUCAAAGGCGGCAAUAUUUCCUUAUAGUGAACAACUUAAUAUUCGUUGCCGAAUAAGUACAAGUAUGUUAUCACCUGGUGUCAUGUAUGCAGCUAGCUUAGUUUUUUCUUUUCAAAGAGGGCGUGAAAAUGUCUAUGGAGAAUCAUCAAAGUUAGCAAGGAUAAACUGGAAAUAUCAAGAAUUGAGUGUAUCCUCUACGCAUAUUGCAGAAAGAGAAAAGGAUGGAUGGUUGAAGAUUCGAUUGUGGCAUUUUCUCAAUGGUGAUAAAAAUGCUGAAUUUUACAUUGUGUUAGACAAGAUCUCGUAUUUCAAAGAAGAGCAAGACAUUUCCAACAUCUUGAUUCAUCAAAUUGAAUUUGAACCCGUACAUAUGAUGAAAACACAUAUCGGGAUUCAAGGACUAGAAAAUGUAUUGAUAUCAGAUGAAGAUAUAGAUUGGGAGAAAAAGGUCCCAAGUGAUUACCAAGGUAUAAUUCAGAGAUCAGACAUGUAUUUGAAGAACAACAACAACAAGGAGCUCUACUUCCUUCUAUGUGAUGGGAUACUUAUUGAUAAUGGUAGAAAGUGGUUCUCCCUAUGCAAAUCUACGGGUGGGAAAUGUCAUAUGUUGCCAGCUAUAGAGAUUUUACUCUCUGAUGAUCGUUCGAAUAGGUUGUCAGUAUCUGAUUCCAGAUUUAAAGAGGCUAUACAACUUCAAUAUGGAACGUAUGCAUUUGUAUGUAAACUUGAGUCAGACAUGUUUUCAUCUGGAAAUUCGUAUGCGUGUUAUCUUGUCUUCAAAUUUGCAGAAACCCACAAGCGGCUUGAUGAUAAGGGUUUCUUUAGAGUAUCUUACAACUUGGAUAUGGAAUCUGGAAGUUACAAAAUUGCACAUUUGAAUCAGCAUGAACCUAUUAAUAUACCAGUAAUCAAGCCGAAGAACUAUGAUACAUCUCAUGAUUCAUCGUACAUAUCAAGAACCAAAUUUCCUAGAAUGCCAAAAAACUGUACGGAUGAUAGCAUGCACCACUGGAUGGAUCACAGAAAUGAUGGUUGGAUGGAGGUUAUAUUGUGUAAACCAUUACAUAAGUUAGAAGAUCACAGAUUGCUCUAUGUGUUCUUGACAUCUAUGGGAAGUGCUUUAGAUGGUGUUAUUGUCCAAGGGAUUCAGUUUAGGCCAAUGCAAAGAGAUGUUUAGUAUUUGUAAGAGCUACUUCUUGUUUGCACUUUUUGUAGCAUAACUUUCCGUUUUCAGUUAUUAAAUGAAUUCCAAGGAAUUCAGUUAAAAGGAAAAUGUUUUCUUUAAUGUACGUGAACACUCUCUUGAAAGUUGUCAAAAAAGUUGUGCUAGAAGCGCUUUUAUGAAGAUGCCCACUAUUUAAGUUGGUUGACGAUUAAGCAAUGAAAGAAAAGGGGAAUAAUUGUUUUUGAUUAUUGGUGUCUAGUAAUAUUUUUAUCAGCUCGUACCUUGAUAACUAUCUCCAAGAUCAAAGGAUCCC